UCUGUUCGGACUAGACGUCAAUCCGAUGAAGAAGAUUCUAAUUCUAGGUUCUAUAAUGAACAUGACGAGCUGCUCAGCCUCGUUGAGGUCCUGGGAAGAAGAAAGUGUUGAGUCACAUACUCUUUCUCUUGCUCAUUUUGCACCUCCCUUUGCUCACUUGCAACUCGCCGUAUUUGCUUCUCCUCUUGCUAGAUGUCUGCUUUAG